GUUUCUAAACUGAUAGUACAUGAAGGUGGUUGCAAUGUGGAGAGAUUGGAUUCACUGAGUCAGGAAGAUUUUAUUGAAAAUUAUGCGUACAAGAAACCAUUCAUUGUGAAGAACUCCAACGAUAAUACUAAAUUUAGAAAAUUUUCAAGAAGACAGACAAUGCUAGAACAAUUUGGAGAUAAGAUUGUUAGACUGAGCACUGCUAAUACAUAUUCAUAUGGAAAAAAAGAUGUGGCAUUGAAAGAGUACAUAGAGAAAAUACUGAAACCUCAGGGUCUGCAAGACCGCGGAAAUGAAACGUUCUACUGGUUCGGCGACAACAACCACACGGAAUGGUCCGAAGUAUUCGCGGCCUACCAUCCACCACCUCUGCACAUCCCUAAAAUGUCCCCGGCAUUCAGUUACGGACUGGCCGGAGCAGGCACUGGCGUACCGUUUCACUUUCAUGGUCCGGGUUUUUCCGAAGUUAUUUACGGAAGCAAGCGUUGGUUUUUGUACCCCUUCGAGAUGACCCCAGAGUUUGACCCCAACUCAACGACUUUGCAUUGGGUAGUGGAGAAGAUGCCCUUCUUACCUGAUGGAAUGUUACCAUUGGACUGUACCAUUAAGCCCGGGGAGGCUCUGUAUUUUCCAGAUAGGUGGUGGCACGCGACACUGAACGUCAACACGAGUGUCUUUAUUUCUACAUUCCUCGGAUGA